CCCCCCCUUGACACUUUUCCAUCCCAUCCCAUCAUACUGGAACAUCCAGACCCUGCAACUAUACACAACACAACACACACACACGCUCACACACACACGCACUCACACACAAACCCACGCAGACGCAGACGCACUUACACGGACACAAGACUUCCACGUCCCUGGUUCAAGCCCCCAAAUCCCUUGCCCUUGUAAAGCACCGUAUCCCACAUUUCCGUUCUUGUGUAUAUAUCGCCACAUGGAUGGCCGUUCGCCCGUUACGACGGUUCUUGACUCCUGAUGUCCCCACCACCACUCCCAUCCUUACUGUUGCCUACGCAUAGCAUGGGUCGCCGCUCAACUUCCUCCAGCGAUUCUCCAGAAGGAACUUCGACUUGUGAGAGUGCUCCUCCUGCACCUCGAAAGCCCAUUCCCCGUAAAGGGCAUACCAAGAGUCGCCGCGGAUGCUUUAACUGUAAAAGAAGAAGAAUCAAGUGCAAUGAAUGCAGACCAGAUUGCAACCACUGCAUCAAGGCGGGUUUGCACUGCGAAUACCCUGCGAAUAUCAUUCAGAGUGGGAGUCGAGGCAUGCUCUCCCCAAGUCCACAAGAGGUGGUACAUCUGAGAUCGAUGCCUGGAUCAUUCACCAUGUCUGAUAUGAGACUUUUCCAUCAUUUCCUCAUCACCGCAUAUCCUCAUCUACCUGUCGGUGCUGACAAGAUUUGGAUCACGGUAAUCCCUAGCUUUGCCCACAAUUACGAAUAUCUAAUCCACUCCAUCCUCGCGCUUGCGGCAUCACACCUCGAUGCUGUCUCCAAUGCUGGCGUGGCAGAAGAAGCGAUCCAGCACCGAAUAAUGGCGGUCAAGUCCUUGAACGAGGCGCUUUCCGUUCCUCCAAAGACGAUGCACGAACGCGAUGCACGAAUGGGCGCAGCACUGGCACUAGCGUUCCAAUCAAGCCAUCUCCAAGAUGGGUUGUUCGAAUUCCUCACCAUGGUCAGGGGCUGCAAUCUGAUAGCAGGAGACGACGCGUUAAGAGACGUUGAUUCAGCCUUUCAUGUACGUGGCAUCCCUUCCGUGCUUGAAGCUUUCCGGGAGGAUGGACAUCUCCAAACGAUGAGAAACCGUCUUGGUAUGACUCAGCUUGGUGUCGUUAACCAUGACGACCUGGACUCUGCGCAUAUGUCGCUGCAGACCGUUGAGCUUCUCAACAUGACCGAGUGGGAGAGAUCGUUCUGGGAGAUACUGGUCAAGACUGUCGAUGCCGCUUAUGGCAACCCCGUGGAGGCUUAUACCACCUUCGUGCUGCUAUACAACGCCCCGUCCAGGUGGACGCACGACGAAUUCCAAUCAUUCAUUGAUCCAAACAACAAUGUUGCACAGAUUCUCCUCGCCCAUUUCAUCGCAAUCCAGGCCACCCUAACCCCGAUCCUGGUGCUCGAAAGAGUAGGGUUUCAAGGAAUCGAUGCGCCAACGAAGGUCUUGGGAUGGAUCGAGUGCAUCUACAAGAAUGUGCCAUCGAGCCUCAGGACGCAUGUGGAAUGGCCUAGAGAAGUAUCGAGAUAUCCCUUUGUGAGAUUUCUCGGCCAGUCGAGAGAGUUGGAUUACACAUACGAAUGAAGAUUCGAACCAAGACACUCGUUUAACAUAUCAAGGGUUAGGAUGGGGAUGAUGGAUUUUACUUUUAGCUUUCAUUAGACAAUCACCACCUAGCGCGUCGUCUGGAUGGUUUAGCCCACGGACGAUGUGCUAGGGCUAUAGAA